CGCUAGGACCCCGCAAUCCGCUCUGUUCUCGGUCAACUCGGGAUAAUUAGUCAUGUGCAGUUUAUGUCACCAAAUGUGAUCUAAUCAGCAGAUAGAGAAGGAGGAAGUGAAAAGUGGUGGUAGGGAUAGCGUUGGUUUGUGUUUCAGUACUAGUUGUUGGUUUUACCAAGUUGCCUGUAGACACCAUGGAUUGUGGUGUGAUAACCUCCAAGACCGUCCUGCUUCUCAUCAGCCUCAUUUUCUGGGCUGCAGGAGGUGUGCUCACUUAUGUAGGAGUCACCUUGUUAUCAACCUACAAAAACUAUACCCACCUCUUUGAAGGCCACUUCACUGUGCUCCCAGCUAUAGUGAUCAUUGGCAUAGCACUUGUGAUGUUUUUGAUUGGAAUCAUUGGAUGUUGUGCUACCCUGAUGGAGUCUCGCUGUGGAUUGGGAUUGUUUCUUUUCAUCCUGCUGGUCAUCCUUGCUGCAGAAGUGUCUGCCUUUGUUCUGGGAUUCAUCUACAAAAAACAGAUCCACAAAAGUUUGGAGGUGUCCAUGUCGCACGUCUUUGCAAAAUAUGAUGGGGAAAAUCCAGAAAGUGCAAUGGUGGACAGUUUUCAGACAAAGAUGCAGUGCUGUGGAGUUUGGAACUAUACCUACUGGGAAAAAACUGAGUGGUUCAAAAAGAACAAGACUAUACCCAUUAGCUGCUGUAAGACUGGAUUUUCCAACUGCACAGGCAGCCCAAGUCAUCCUGAGCUGCUCAACACUGGAUGUGAGCCCAAGUUGGAGAAUGGGUUGGAAUCUAUUCUGAGCUAUGCUAUGCUGAUCAUCCUAGGAUUUGCCAUUAUUCAGUUUUUUGGCAUGAUCAGCAUCUGUGUGCUCGCCUGCCGACGACGAGAGACGGGCUACCAACCAAUCCCAUCUGGUGGAACAUAUGCUUGAAGGAAAUCUAAGCUGUGAAGAUUUAAGAAGACUACUCUUAAGAACUAUUGCACUGUUAACAAGUAUAAGAACGUAUAGAUCCACCAAUUUGUGUUUUUUGUAAAAUGGGAAUCAUUACAAAGCAUUUUUCUUUAAAAAGCUAUGUGGCUAAUUGAAACACUAGGCUAAAUUCUGUGCAGAUCAUCUAUUGCAUUCUUCUCCCCUUUGUGCCUGUUCACUGAGUUGCAGUAUUGCAACCAAGUGGAACAACUGUUUUUUUUUGGGGGGGGGGGUGGGAGAGGAGAGAAGAGAGAUUAAGGGAUCUUCCUGAAUUUAACCAUCUGGAUGACCUCUUUCUCUUUCAUUUUGCUUCUGGUUGAUUUUGGGGAGGGGCUCCUGGUUUGGUCCACCAAAGGACCCUAAUCAAAGGAUUCUACUUUCCUUAUUUUUUUAAGACUACUGUAACCACCUGCACUUGUUUGCCUUAAACUAGUUCUGUCACAAAUGCCUGAAUAAGACUCAACUACUGAUGGGUAAAUUGUUGCACUUAAUGAUAAGAAAAAGCUUUCCAAUAAUUUGUAGUUAAGUUGUUCAAUCUGACUUGUUUUGGAAUUGUUGCUGACAAUACACUUUGGGUUUGGAAUUUUGACUGAAGUGCUUAUAUUUUCUAUAAUCUUCAGAAAAUUGAGUUCUUAAUUUGUUUUCCCCAUUAAUCCUUGUUAAUAAGAUAUUUCUAGUCUUGCUUUUAAUUGCAAUUUCUUGAAUUGAUGUUUGCUAUUGUUCAAUUGCAAGCCUUGGCUAUAAAUCUGUGACUGGCUGGGGGACCUGGCUUUCUAUCUAGCUUUUAAUGUUCACAUGGACAUGUAAAAUGCAAAAUGUUAAUAAAAAAUCAAUGCUUUU